UUAGCGCUUGCGCAGCGGCUGUUGGCGUUCGGGCCAUUUAAAUGUGUGUGAGGGAGACGGCGAAAUGGCUGCGCAGGUCGCCUCAGUGCGCACCGUGUCUCGGGGCGCGGAAGAGACGCCUUCGCUUCCCCUUGGUGACCGACCUGGCCGCCCGAGGGGUGGAGGGAGGAAGCGGAAGGCCCCCUCAGGAGAGGUCGGAGAGUGCAAGAGGGCGAAGCAUGGCCAGCAGCCGCUCCUGGUAGGGCCCUCUCAGGCAGAGACGUUGCCGCCGGCCGCGGUAACUGGCCUCCCGGCAGCUCCCGCCGUGGCUUCCGCCACAGCUGGCCUCUUCACCUUCUCUCCCCUCACCCUUUCCCCCCAGGCCGCGCAUUGUGAUCGGCGGCAUCACCACCGACACCGGCAUCGCCCGGACAGUGGCGACUCCGAGCCCGGACGCUCCUCUGGGGAUAAACCGCACAAGGGAAGGCGGGGAAGCUUUGGCGACGGGGCGGUCGGGCGGCCCAGCAAGCGAGAAAGUCGAGAUGAAAAUGGCAAGACCCAGAGAGCUGACACUCCAUUUGUAAAGAAAACAAAGAAAAAGAAGAAAAAGAAACACAGAGAAGAUGUAAGAGGGAGGCAUCUGAAAAUGUACAACAAAGAAGUACAGACGGUGUGUGCUGGUCUUACCCGCAUCAAUGAAGAGAUUUUGACUCCAGGGGAGAGUGAUAACUUUGAAGAAAACAAGGAAUCUUUUAGGUAUCUGAAAGAUGAACAGCUGUGUCAGUUAAAUUUGGGCAUGGAGGAGUAUAGGAUACCCCAGGGGGUGCAGUCUCCAUUUACUACUCACCAGGAGCAUUCUGUUCGCCACAGCUUCCUAAAAACAGGCACUAAAUUUAGCAAUUUUAUUCAUGAAGAGCAUCAGUCAAAUGGGGGAGCUCUGGUUCUUCAUGCCUACAUGGAUGAACUCUCAUUUUUGUCUCCAGUGGAGAUGGAGAGAUUUGCAGAAGAGUUUCUUGCUUUGACAUUCAGUGAAAAUGAAAAAAAUGCAGCAUACUAUGCUCUAGCUAUAGUUCAUGGGGCAGCUGCCUACUUGCCAGACUUCUUGGAUUACUUUGCUUUUAAUUUUCCUAACACUCCAGUGAAAAUGGAAAUCCUUGGCAAGAAAGAUAUUGAAACAACCACCAUUUCAAAUUUUCACACUCAGGUCAAUCGAACAUACUGCUGUGGAACCUAUAGAGCAGGCCCAAUGAGGCAGAUCAGUCUUGUUGGUGCAGUGGAUGAAGAAGUUGGAGAUUAUUUCCCAGAAUUUCUUGAUAUGUUAGAAGAAUCUCCAUUUCUUAGAAUGACUUUGCCUUGGGGUACUCUUUCUAGCCUCAGACUGCAGUGCAGGUCACAAAGCGAUGAUGGCCCCAUAAUGUGGGUAAGACCAGGUGAACAGAUGAUCCCAACAGCUGAUAUGCCAAAGUCACCAUUCAAACGGCGCAGAUCAAUGAAUGAAAUAAAAAACCUCCAGUAUCUACCUCGGACCAGCGAACCCCGUGAAGUUCUUUUUGAAGAUAGAACAAGAGCACAUGCUGAUCAUGUUGGACAAGGGUUUGACUGGCAGAGUACAGCAGCUGUUGGAGUAUUAAAAGCUGUGCAGUUUGGUGAAUGGAGUGACCAGCCUCGUAUAACCAAAGAUGUAGUCUGUUUCCAUGCUGAGGAUUUCACUGAUGUAGUUCAAAGACUUCAGUUGGAUCUUCAUGAACCUCCUGUAUCACAGUGUGUUCAGUGGGUCGAUGAAGCUAAGUUAAACCAAAUGAGACGAGAAGGAAUUCGCUAUGCUAGGAUCCAGCUAUGUGACAAUGACAUCUACUUUAUCCCUAGAAAUGUCAUUCAUCAAUUUAAGACAGUCUCAGCUGUCUGCAGCUUAGCUUGGCAUAUAAGACUCAAACAAUACUAUCCAAAAGGAGAUAAUUCUCAAAGUACAGAAAGCAUUUCAAAUAUGGACAGUACUAUCCAUGAUAGGAUGAAAUCAGAGGGUGAAGAUCAUUGUGUGCUUGUGAAAAAGGAAUCAACAGAAGUAAGAAGAGAUGUACAGACUGCAGCAGUGGCAUCACCACCAUUGUUUUCAUCUCUGUCGUGACCUGUCCUGCAACAAGAUAAGCUGGUUCAACCUCUUCCAGUUUUUAAAAGUAGAAUCAGAUCAGCAACACAGUCCACAGAAUACUACAUGCUCUCUUGUGUGAUAUGUACAUAAUCAUAUACAUUUUUAAAAUGGCUUUUUAAAAUUUUGAUGUGAAGUUAUAGUUUUAUAACUGGGUUAUGUUUUAUUGGAGAAAUAUUGACUAUAAUUCUAUAAAGAAAGGUGACAUUCCAAAAAUGUCAAGCAUAUCUUUUUUACACAGAUUAUGCAAAGUUAAGAGUUGUAUUUUACUCCCUUAGUACAGCAUGUAGAAGUGGUCUACAUUUUUGUGUGUGUGUUUUCUUAAAGUGAGGUAAUAAUUCAGCAUUUCUUCAAUUUUUUUUCUUCAGGAACAUCACAUAUUUAACAUUUAGUAAAUUUGAUACCCCUCCAUCAAUUUUAUCUUUAGCUUUCAGCAUAAAAGGAAUGGUUUCUGUGUAGGAUUCUCCCAUUCUGUUAGUGGCUUGAAUGAAAGAGAGAGCACAGCACUUUUUUAUGAUCAAUGGUCUGUGUGUGUGUGUGUAGGCGUAGGAAGAGAUGUACAGACUGUUUUCAUCUCUGUCGUGACCUGUCCUGCAACAAGAUAAGCUGGUUCAACAUCUUCCUGUUUUUAAAAGUAGAAUCAGAUCAGCAACACAGUCCACA